GCGCCAGUAGUUUCCAGCUGCGCUCGUGAACCCGACCGUUAGUCUUUCCUCCUGCGGCUCCGUCGGUCCCGGUCUGUCCCGGUCUGUCCCGGUCCGUCCUCUCUCUACGGUUCCCCUCUGCUCUCCCGCUCCUCCUCCGGACUCUACGUGGCUCCGGGUCCCGCUCGGCUCCUCUGCUUCUUCUUCGGGGCUGAAAGUUUUCCGGUGGUCCGGUUCCCGUCCCUCUGCUCCCUCCGCUCCCUCUGCCCACUUUCAGGUCCUGUUCUGUGGGUCCAGUUGUCCGUUCACCUGGUCAGGUUGGUUUCAGACAUGGGUCAGAUCACGGUGGUCCCGGUUCUGCUGUCAGUCAUCUGGGUCGGACUCACGGCUGGAAUACCGGAUGGACCAGACGCACAAGUGAUCGACGUGUUGGGUCUUCAGGAUUCUAAGCACAGCGUAGCCGGUGUGGAGAAGCUGUCGGGCGGUCUGAGCGCACUCAGUGACAUCUACGUGGUGUCCACGUUCCGGCUGCCGGCGAAGCUGGGCGGCGUGCUGCUCGGUGUUUACAGCAAACAGGACAACAGGAAGUACCUGGAGGUCGCAGUCAUGGGAAAGAUCAAUAAAGUCCUGGUGCGGUAUGUGCGGGCUGACGGGAAGCUGCACACGGUGAACCUGCAGAACGCCGUGCUGGCAGACGGUCGAGCUCACUCCAUCAUCCUGAGGCUCGGUGGUCUUCAGCGCGACCACAUGAACCUGGAGCUCUACGUCAACUGCCGAUUGGUUGACUCCAGCCAGGGCGUGCCGCCAUUGGUCCCUCUGCCCAGAGAGGCGGAGAUGGUGGAGAUCAGACAUGGACAGAAGGCCUACGCACGCCUGCAGGGAGCAGUGGAGUCCCUCAGACUGGCUCUAGGGGGCAGUGUUGCUAAAGCUGGAGCUCUGACAGACUGUCCGUUCCAGGGAGACUCGUCUGCGUAUAACUCAGUGAGUGGGGAGGUGAACUCCAUCCUCGGUGAUCACACCAAGGCUCUGAUUGGUCAGCUCAUCAUCUUCAACCAAAUCCUGGGAGAGCUGAGACAGGACAUCAGAGAACAGGUAAAGGAGAUGUCCCUGAUUAGAAACACCAUCCUGGAGUGUCAGGUUUGUGGGUUCCACGAGCCUCGCUCUCGCUGCUCUCCGAACCCCUGCUUUAAGGGCGUGGCCUGUAUGGAGAGUCUGCAUUAUCCUGGAUACACCUGUGGACCCUGCCCACCUGGAACCAGCGGAAACGGGACGCAUUGCCACGACAUCGACGAGUGUGAGCUGCAGCCCUGUUUCUCUCCUGACUCCUGUGUGAACACUGUGGGAGGGUUCACCUGUAAACCCUGUCCUCCGGGCCUGUGGGGGGCGCCGCUUGCAGGAACAGGACUGGACUACGCCAAGACAUACAGACAGGAAUGUUCAGAUAUCGAUGAAUGUUUAGAUCUUCCAGACGCCUGUGUAUCAAACUCUGUGUGCAUCAACACUGUGGGUUCAUACAAGUGUGGAGGCUGUAAACCUGGUUACCUUGGUAACCAGACGUCAGGAUGCUUCCCAAGGAAGUCGUGCGCUGCGUUGACCUUUAAUCCCUGUGACACCAACGCUCACUGCACCAUGGAGAGGAACGGAGAGGUCGCCUGCAGGUGUAACGUGGGCUGGGCAGGUAACGGGAACACCUGUGGAGUGGACACAGACAUUGACGGGUAUCCUGACCGUUCUCUGCCCUGCAUGGACAACAACAAACACUGCAAACAGGACAAUUGUAUGUUCACACCAAACUCGGGUCAGGAGGACGCCGACAAUGACGGCAUCGGAGACCAGUGUGACGAGGACGCUGACGGAGACGGGAUCAAGAACGUGGAGGAUAACUGUCGCCUGGUGUCAAACAAAGACCAGCAGAACUCUGACAGCGACUCGUUCGGGGACGCCUGUGAUAACUGUCCCAACGUCCCCAACAGCGACCAGAAGGACACCGACAGCAACGGGCAGGGAGACGCCUGCGACCAGGACAUAGACGGGGACGGUAUCCCCAACGUCCUGGAUAACUGUCCGAAGGUACCAAACCCGAUGCAGACGGACAGAGACAGAGACGGAGUGGGAGACGCCUGUGACAGCUGUCCUGAACUUAGCAACCCCAUGCAGACUGACGUCGACAACGACCUGGUGGGAGACGUGUGUGACACCAACCAGGACACAGACGGGGAUGGUCACCAGGACAGCAGAGACAACUGUCCUGACAUUCCCAACAGCUCCCAGCUGGACUCAGACAACGACGGUCUGGGAGACGAUUGUGACCACGAUGAUGACAACGACGGUGUCCUCGACGACUACGACAACUGCCGACUCAUCGUCAACCCCUACCAGAAAGACUCAGACAUGAACGGCGUUGGGGACGUCUGUGAGAAUGACUUUGAUAAUGACGCUGUGAUGGAUUUGUAUGACGCGUGUCCUGAGAGCGCUGAGGUCACUCUAACAGACUUCAGAGCCUAUCAGACGGUGAUCCUAGACCCAGAGGGCGACGCCCAGAUUGACCCCAACUGGGUGGUUCUGAACCAGGGGAUGGAGAUCGUCCAGACCAUGAACAGUGAUCCUGGUCUAGCUGUGGGCUACACAGCGUUUAACGGCGUCGACUUCGAGGGAACGUUUCAUGUCAACACGGUAACCGAUGACGACUACGCCGGCUUCAUCUUCGGCUACCAGGACUCGUCCAGCUUCUACGUGGUGAUGUGGAAACAGACGGAGCAGACGUACUGGCAGCCCCUCCCCUUUCGAUCUAUGGCCACGCCCGCCCUGCAGCUCAAGGCGGUGAAGUCUCGGACCGGACCCGGAGAGUUCCUGAGGAACGCCCUGUGGCACACCGGAGACACACCUGGAGAGGUGACGCUGCUCUGGAAGGAUCCUCGAAACGUCGGCUGGAAGGACAAAACCUCGUACCGCUGGCAGCUCAGCCACCGGCCCCAGGUGGGCUUCAUCAGGGUGAAGCUGUUUCAGGGCGCUGACAUGGUGGCUGACUCUGGUGUAGUGAUCGACACGACGAUGAGAGGAGGUCGACUCGGAGUUUUCUGUUUCUCACAGGAGAACAUCAUCUGGUCCAACCUGCGCUACAGGUGUAACGAUACGGUGCCUGAAGACUUCCAGAUUCAUCGUAAACAAGUAAUGAUGCACAUUCAGGUCUGAGAGCUGCAGGCCAACUGAACACACACACACACACACAGGUAUAUACACACACACACACACACACACACAGGUAUACACACACACACACACACAGGUAUACACACACACACACACACAGGUAUACACACACACACACAGGUAUACACACACACACACACACAGGUAUACACACACACACACACAGGUAUACACACACACACACACACACACAGGUAUACACACACACACACACAGGUAUACACACACACACACACACACACACAGGUAUACACACACAAACACACACAGGUAUACACACACACACAGGUAUACACACACACAGGUAUACACACACACACAGGUAUACACACACACAAACACACACACACACACAGGUAUAUACACACACACACAGGUAUACACACACACAGGUAUAUACACACACACACACAGGUAUAUAUACACACACACACAGGUAUAUACACACACACACACACACACACACAUACACAGGUAUAUACACACACACACACACAGGUACACACACACACACACAGGUAUAUACACACACACAGGUACACACACACACACACACACAGGUAUAUACACACACACAGGUACACACACACACACACACACAGGUAUAUACACACACACACAGGUAUAUACACACACACACACACACAGGUACACACACACACACACAGAGAGACACACACACACACACAGGUACACACACACACACACACACACAGGUACACACACACACACACACACACACACACACACACACUGCAGGGGACCAAAGAGGUCACAGCAUUAAUCCACAAUCUCCUCCUCUCUGGGUUUUCUGUCAAACAUUCAAAUCAAUAGAAGAAGAACAACUGACUCUGAGAUAGAACUGAUAACGUGUGAGCAGUUUCAAACACUUUGACGGACACUUUUGCUCUACAAAUCUGAAGAUCUGUGAAAACAUCUGAGGAUCUAUUCAUCAUGAGUAAGAGUAUCUUAGUGUGUGCGUGUGUGUGUGUGUGUGUGUGUGUGUGUGUGUUGAAUAAAAGGAGGCUGACAGGUAGAUUUCAGGUGUCACAGGUAGCAGCACCUGAACACACCUUUUGAGAAGCUCGUCGUUCAGAUGGACCAAAAAACAAACUCUGUGUUUAAUAAACACGGCUCCUGAAAAAGAGUGUUGACAUCAUAACGCGAGUGUUAGCGCCGCCUGUUAGCAUGCUAACAUUAGCUAAUUAGCAGUAGACACAGUGCAGCUCCGGCUGAUGGGAUGUCAUUGGUUGAUCAUAAAAUAAAGUAUUGUAACAAUGAACAAGUUGACCUGAUGGGGGCGUUAUGAAUGUUAUUAUAAUUAUGUUAUUAAUAUUAAAGUUCAUCCUGAGCGGAGCACCAACGUCUCAUUUAUCUCCCUCACACUGAUGAUGUACACACUGUGUCAAUCCUUUCAAAAUAAAAUUACUUCCUGUUUUACCUGA